GUCUGUCCUGCCUCGUGUUCUCUCCAGCUUCACCCUCGGAGGAGGAUGUGAGCAGGGCUGAGUCGGGAGCCACCCAGAAGAUGGAGACUGUGGUGAUUGUUGCGAUAGGGGUGCUGGCCACCAUCUUCCUGGCGUCCUUUGCAGCCUUGGUGGUGGUUUGCAGGCAGCGCUACUGCCGCCCCCGAGACCUGCUGCAGCGCUAUGAUACCAAGCCCAUUGUGGACCUCAUCGGUGCCAUGGAGACUCAGUCUGAGCCCUCAGAGUUAGAACUGGACGAUGUUGUCAUCACCAACCCCCACAUCGAGGCCAUUCUGGAGAAUGAAGACUGGAUCGAAGAUGCCUCGGGUCUCAUGUCCCACUGCAUCGCCAUCUUGAAGAUUUGUCACACUCUGACAGAAAAACUUGUUGCCAUGACAAUGGGCUCGGGGACCAAGAUGAAGACUUCAGCCAGUGUCAGUGACAUCAUUGUGGUAGCCAAGCGGAUCAGCCCCAGAGUGGAUGACGUCGUGAAGUCCAUGUACCCCCCGCUGGACCCCAAGCUCCUGGAUGCACGGACGACUGCCUUGCUUCUGUCCGUCAGUCAUCUAGUGCUGGUGACCAGGAAUGCCUGCCACCUGACUGGGGGCCUGGAUUGGAUUGACCAGUCCCUGUCAGCUGCCGAGGAGCACCUGGAAGUCCUUCGAGAGGCGGCUCUGGCUUCUGAGCCAGAGAAAAGCCUCCCGGGUUCCGAAGGCUUCCUGCAGGAGCAGUCGGCCAUUUAGUCCUAGAGGCGGGCCGGUGGCCGCGGUGGCCUGCUCCGUGCCUGGGUGGCUCAGCUGGGCCCUCCUCUUUUCUCGUAGAGUUAGUUAUUCUCCAGGGCUCGGGAGUCCAGCUGCGUGUGGAUGCCUCCGUUGCAGUGGCAAGUGGUGGCUGGAGAGUGGCAGUCUAAUACCACAGUUAGGGGAGACGCCAUCCACCGCUCGUACAGCAGCGGGUGGAGGAUUGGCAGGCUGUCAGCUUGAUUUAGCCUACUUAGUGUUUCCAAGAAAAUUGAGAUGCCCUCUAAAAAAUCAAGCGGUUUCAUAUUAAAAUCAGAAUUUCUGGGUUCUCUGGAGCAAUCAGAAGGUGUGGCGGUUUUAAAAGAGGACAAUCAGUGAGAACUAAGUCGAGGUUGCCUCUUCUUGUACUCUCUCACCUUACACUGUCUCACCUGACCUGUUUGUUUGUGUUACCUGCCUGGUCCUGGAGGCGUCUGAGGCCCUUCUUCCCUCUAUAUGUUUAGGUUUGAAGCUGAGCCCUGUACAAUUGAUUGUUUCCUUUUUACCAUUAUGCCUGCAAUUUUACCUAGCUACCUCUAGGUGAAUAGUAGAUUUAUACUUACGUUUUC